AUGACAAUCCAGGUCGUGGCACCCAAUGUCCACGAUGCGUGCUCUAUUCAGCAACUUUUCUCCCAAAACGACUGGAGUUUGGAAGAAGAGAUCGAUGAGUACUUUCACAAUGCCCUCUUUGGAGACACAUUCGGUGUGACGCCUGGUAAAGAUGACAUUCAAGAGAUUGAAAUCUUCGACCGAGCGGAGCUAAUGGAUUUCUUUCCUUCGUUCGAGAGUGGUGCCUUCAAAGAUUUGGCCUUGGAGAACUGCAAGAUGUCUUACUAUCCGAUUGAAAGGGUCGGCAUGGACCCCGGCCUGUACUUCACCACCGACGUGAUACUCGGCGGUUUGCUCGACGGACCCCUUGGAUUUUUCAAGAUGUUCCUGUCAGAGUCUUAUAUCAGACUCCGCCUCAGUGCGUUCCUGGGAUUCACUCUCGAGCCAAACGCACCAGUUCAUAUGGAUAAGCUUGUCCUCACCGGCUGUAUCGCUGGUUUGAAGCUAUGCUACCCUCCUGGAUUUGUUCUGAUUGAGAUUAUCACGGCUGGUGUUCGAAUCGUGAUUGAUAAUGAGACAGCACCGCCAAUCACGGCGACAUCAAGUACACCGCAGACUCAGACGACCUCUUCUACACCACCAAGUACUUCUGACCCGUCCUCCAAGAAUUCGACGACAAUGGUUAGCCUGACAGAUCCUAAGACUCUUUCUGGUGUUGGAGCUGCUGCACUGACCAAUCCAUCCGGACCUGUGACUAAGGAGAAAGAUCCUAUGACUGCCACGACUCAUAAACAAGGCAACAGCAGCUUCAGUGCUGAAGUCUUCGGCAACAUCCUGUUCCACAUUCAUGUGGGCCGAGUCAAACCUUUACAACUUCAGUACACCGCGACGUUCGUAGACGAAAGUAUUCGUUUACGGAUGGUGCUGUCACAUGGUAAAUCAUGGAGGGACGCUUUCGGCGUGGAGGACUUUAAUCUUGAUGAUGUUGUUAUAGAAGCGAACAUACCAACCAAGUCAGCCGAUAAGGUCUUCAAGGAUAAAGCUGACAAAGCCGCUCUUGAUGAGGGCCUUGAAUGCAAAAUUAAGGCCAGCUGGGCGUUUGGCAACAACAAGAGGUUGUUUGUUGCCGGGGCCGUCUACUCCGCAGGACAAACUCAAAAAGUAUCCUAUCUCGAGGCAGUUCUAUCAUCUCCAACGUGGAAAGAUCUCGCCGCAAUCGCAGAGAAGCUUCACGGCAACACUCCACCAGCCCCUGAGGGUCGGUUCGAGCUUGAUACUCUGCAGUUGCGCAUCACUCAAACCGGGUUGUUCACACUCUAUGGUAAAGUGACUGUUGAAGGGGGCAGUUUCGAUGCUGCCAUUGUCAUAUCCAAGAGUGGUCUUUUCAUCUCAGGAUCUGCUACCGAAUUCCGGGUACCUGACAGCUCUGUCGUUAUCAAAGAAGCAAAGCUGGACUUGACCAUCGCCAGACGAUCGAAGGAUGGCAAGGACCCCCUCAGCGAAGAUCCCAGCAAGACUGAGGCACAAGUCGAAGUACCUAAAGGUACUGAAAGCACCACCACUUUACCACAAGCUAGCGGUCCAACUGUUCCCGCGACCGCUGGAGAGAGCUCUCUGGAUGAAGCAAAGCGGAAUCACAAACUGACUGCCGUUCCCGCCAAGCAGGCUGCUACCAAGACCGAAGGGACUUCCCAGCCUGCUACUAUCGAACCAGCCGGCAAGAAAGAAGUCUCGUGGUACUUCGGUCUCAAGGUCAAUGGUGUUGUCAUCGUUGACUAUGGCAAUCACGGCUCUUCAGACCCUACCGUUGAGCCAAAGUUCAAAUUCACGGUAUCACUUUCAUUAGCCAAAUYUCCAGGCAAGUCCUUGGAAGUCGUGCUUGCUGGCAAGGCACGAUCUACCGUCUCACUGAGAGAUUUGUGUGGUGAUGCCAUCGACGAAGGUGGUUUUUUGAAUGCCCGGCUGUCUGACCUUACGAUCCUUGGUACCAAUGCCGAUAAUCCUUACGUCCCUGCAGAGAUAACACGGUUCCCAUUGAAGAAAGGAUUCUACGUCUGUGCUACUUUGGAUCGAGUGCCCCUGCUCGAAGGGAAGGAUGGCGAGAGUAAGGCUGUGAAGAAGACUGUUGCGACCGAUCGAGCAUAUCUUCGUAUCGGUUAUGAGGCAGGUGUGAAGAUACCGAAGAUCACGGUGUUUCUUCCUCCUUCAUUUCGGAUUGAGUUUGGUGACAGAUUCUACACUGGUGGUAUAUACCUGGACAUCGACCCUGCUAAUAAGCCCAUUGCCAAAUUCUAUGGCGAGCUCUACAUGCGAAUGGAGGACGAGACCAAGAAGCCCAUCAAGUUCGUUCUCGCGAUCGGCGCCGAUGCUUUGACUGGAUCACUCGAGCUCAAAAUGGACGCUGCUGAUGGUCUCAAGGGGCCGCUCGGCUUGAGCGAUAAAUUCGUGCUCUAUUCGCUUCAAGGUUCGGUAGAUGUCACUUGGGCACUUUUCGUUGCUUCCGGAGCCAUCAACAGUUUUGGACUAGGAGCAGACUUGAAAGUCGUUGAAGAUCGAUACAAGAUCCAGCUGAGAUUAGGCGCCAAUCCAGUCGAUACGCUGAUCAACAUUCAGGGGCCACGUACGAUGGGCCUGAAGCAACUCGCGAAUUUCAUCGGUGCCAUAGUUGACGAGCCCUUACCUGUACCCGACUUCAAAGCGGUCAGUCUUCACGGUCUGGAUGUCUAUGUCAGCAAAGGAUGUACCUGGAUCGACGAAUUCUAUCCGGCUGGCAUCCGCUUCAAGGGCAUGAUCAAGCUCUGGGACUUUGAGGCUACAUUGCAGGCAGAGUUCUCACUAUCUUCCGGCUUUUAUCUUUUGACUCGAAUCAAAGGCUUUGAGCUGGGGCCCUUGAAGGUCAAAGGUGCGCGCCCGGAAGAUCCGGACGUUUUGAUGGAAGUCUAUCUCAAUGCCAUCAAGCAAAGCUUCUUCCUGACUGGAGGAAUUGAAGUCUUUGGUAUAUAUUGCUCGGUUUUCAUCGAUAUCCAGUACAUGCCGACGCCGAAAUUCGUCUUCGAUUUCGAGCUCAUCUGGAGUGCUGGAUUGAUCAUCAAAGUCCACGCCGAGAUGGUGACUGCCAAGAAGCGGCCAGACGGGAAGUCACUUGUUUCUGGCAAGGAAAUGGAAGAGCACCCUAGUAAGCACGACUGGGAAGUGUACGUUCUCGUGGAGCAAUCAAUCCUCGCUCAGGUCAAAGUGGCCAUCCUGGCCGCCAUAGAAAGGACCCACAAAGCAAUGAAAGAAGGUAUUGGGAAAGCAAUCGAUGCAGUCAACAAGGAGCAAGAGAUUUACGAUCGCAGAUGCGCUGCGGCUGAAGCAGAACUUCAGGCCGAGCUGGAAAAGACACAGCGAGAAAUCGACCAGUUGGAGGUACAACUUGCAGCCGCCAGACGAGAUCUGGCCGAAACUGUGUCGAACAAUGAGCGCUUGAUAAGAGAUGCCAAUGCCAAACGGGCGUCUGACUUGGCGCAGGGGGAGAAAACCCGAGCAGAUAACAUCGAGAAGGUGAACGCAAAGUAUCGGGAUGCAGACGCAAACACCCGUUAUAAGCAGCAAGAUAAGGACACCCGCAUACUCACUGCUCAACGCGAUCGAGAUGUCAAACGGGGUGACUUUUUCUCUCAGUUUGGAAAUGCAGAACGGUCGCUGAGGGAGGCGAGCGAGAAGGUGUACUAUKCUCAAAGAGAAGUGGAUCGCUUGAAAGAUCUUAUGCGAGAAUYGGAACAGCGGAUCCGUGAUUCAUUCUUCCGGCCAGACUUGCACCUGCAACUUGGCAUUGUGAAUAACACAUGGGCGGUUGCCAGACUUGGUCUGCUAUUGGCAGAAGGAACUCUCAUAGGAGUCCAAGCGAUCAUGACGACCGAACCAUUCAGACGUUUGAAGGAUCUCAUGGAAAGCGCCGAGCGAUAUCUGUCGACUAUCGCGGAUCAAGUCUCAUCAGCUCUGAGGUUGGCCAUCACCGAGGCACAACUUGCUUUCCAGAAGCUUCAAGAAGCCAUACAAGAAGGAGAUUUCAGCUUCGCGAAUCUGGAGAGGAAGUGCGAUGAGUUCGCUGCUCAGACGAAUGAGAAUUGCAAACGAUACGAGAAGGAAAAGAAUGAUCGAUGCGAAGUCUUGCAAUUGGAAGGAGAGCGCGUCAAGAAGGCGGCUAGUCAACUUGGAACGUCCGUCCUCCAGCAAGCCGUAAAGAUUGCUCGGGACAACAAUAUCGCUUUAAUCGCGGCUAAGCAUGCUCUGGAGGCCUUCCAGAAGUUUGAGCAGACGGCAUACACCGCCAUUAAGGAGUUUGUGAGCGCGGCACUCGACGCUGUCGUGGACAUUCAGAAGAUUGAGCUCAAAGGCGUCAUACGCGCUGACGAGAGUCUGCAGGAAGCCUUUGAGCUGACUGUCGAGGGCGUGCUAGGCGGGAAGAAGUUCGUGUGUUCCGAGACGUGGAUGCCAGAUAAGACGGGACUGUUCCUGGCUAAAAUUGGUUUGMGUGCUAUUUCUGCUAUUACGGGGUCGAAUGUGGACAAGGAGAUUGCUGCAAUUGAGGAGGACAUGAAAGUCCGCUGA